AUUCACACUCCAUUCACACUCCACACGAAUCCAAUGAGCUUGUUCCUCUCUCCGUCACUGAGUUGCUUCUUCUCUCCGUCGCACCAGCUUCUUCCGCCGCUCUCGCCGCCUUUUGCGUUGCAGGAUCUCUCUCUAUCAUCCUUGUGUCGCACGGGCUCCCUCCACCGCCGCUCUCGUCGUGUCUGCAGCGAUUCGUGAAACUCAGCUCAACUCGGUGGAAACUCGGUGGUUAUUGUUGAAUGGCGAAGCUUGAAGCUCAGCUCAGAAUGAUAGUGGACUCCGUUAGUAACUUCUUCUCCGGCAAAGACCAGCUUCCCUGGUGUGACCCUGACAUCGUCGCUUUAAGGAGGAGGAAUUGCAGCUUCUAUGAAACAAUUCCCUGUUGUGAUGGAUCAUUGUGUAAUCAAUUCAUGGAGGAUCACAACACAGCUACCUUCCCUUCCAAAAAGCAAGAAUUGUUGCAAGCACGUGAAAAGCAUAAGGAAGAGCAAGUGAUUGCUUUGAAGCAGUCUAUGCAAAGUGGAAUGGCACAGACAAUGAAAGAGCAAGCUCAACUGAGGGAGGAAAUGGCAUACCAAUACAAGCUUGGUAACUUUGAGGCUGCUACUGCAAUUCAGAGAAGGUUGGAUAUAGCUUCCAUGAAUAAAUAUCGAGAAAAGAGCUUUCUGAUCAAAGAAUUUGGUGACAGUUUCAUGGUGAUCAUGCCUUCAUGACAAACAUCAAUGUAAAUUAUGAAUUGUUAUGGUUAUCAGGUAUGAGAUAUGCCUGGGAGGUGGGGAUGGAUUUUAUGUGUUCCGAAAGUUUAGUUAAAUGCUCAUUGAAAAUGGAGAUAUAUGUAUAUUUUGAGGAAGAUGAAGAAUAUUACUCUCUUGCCUUAGAUUGUUGUUGUCUUGUUGAAAGAGUGAUGGUCCCCAUGUGCAUCCAACUAAUAUGUUCAACCUCUUCUUUUGAUUGAGAUUUUGUAAAGGUUCUUUUGGUUGGAAUUUUAGUAAAAGUGCAUUUUCAUAUAGGAAUAUUUGCAAAAGUGUAUAAGGAGUUCACUUGAACUUGCAUGCUAUUAUUCUCAAUUUUUGUAUUUUUUAUUGAUCUUGCAGGAGCACCAUCUUGGAGAUAUGAAUAAGCAACUUAGGCUCAAGCUUGAGGCAGAAGGGUUCAAUCUAAAACCUAUGAAAAGCUUGUGGAGUUCAACUUCAGUUGCUGCAAACAGCAACUUUACCUUUCAGCCUUCUCAAACCAAUAACCCUAUGGAUUGCCAACCUGAGCCUUUCUUGCAAAUAGGUCUGAAGAAUCGUUGGUGGAGCUGCUGCAAAAUCUCGCAGACAUAGAUAUUACAUUCCAAGGUUGAAGAUUAACAAUCAGCACAUACAAUGUUGUCUAGAACCACAUCUCUCUUUCCUCCUGUUCGAACCGUAGAGACCUAGGCAUCCUUCUUUCCAGGUUUUGGUUGUCUUUGCUUCCAGGUUUUGGUUUCAAAAUUCUUUUAAUUUUUGUUGAGUUCAAUUAAUUUUAUUUAGUUAGUUUGAUUUUAGUAAUUAUUUUAGUUAGAUUUGUUUUUUGAUUAGUGAAUUUUUAGGUUGUUAAAAUAGGAUUAGAUUAGGUUUUGAUUCUGAAUAGCUGAGAAAUGUUUAGAUUGUUAAUCUGGAUUGCUGAACAUUGCUGAACAUUGUUAAUAUGAGCUUGAUGAAUGUUGUCUAUAAUAGAAAUUUAAUUCAGUUAAUGGCUUCUUCUCUGGUAAUGCUUCUUCUCGGUAAUAAUCUGUAAUUUCUAUUGAUCCUUCUUGGUGCUGUGGUGGUUGUGAUUGAGAUCUGGAAUUUGAUUCUUCUUCUUCUUCUUCUAAUUCUUCCCUGCUAUGUUGUACAAUUUCUACUUUGUGCUUAAUUUCUUCUUCUUCCUCUUUUCUUUCUUGAAUUUCUGCUAUUGCUGCUGCGAUUUUCUUGUUUGGUUGAUGGCUCAGAUUCGAUUGAUUUUCUAGACAAGGUGAUAUUGAUGGUGUUUUUAACUUGCCCUUGCAGUUUUUUCCCUCUUCCCAUCAUGUUUGAUUCUCUUUUGUAAUAAUAUGAAACUACAUAAACUCUUUUAGUGUCACCGUCUUCAUUAAUGGUGCGAAUGGAGCAAGUCAGAAGAGAACGAGCCACCAACGAUGGCAGCAUGCGUUCAAGUUUGCUGCCCAUCUCACUGUGUAACAUGUUAAGUGAUACUCCAAUACACAGUUUGGUCUUAACAAAUGAGAAAUAAAUUAAUAUAACAUGAACGUGGGCGUAGACUUUUAUCACAUGCUUUUAUCAUCAUGAGGUAUCUGCUUUCGUACUAUUCAGCUUCUUAAUCCUAUGCUAUAUAAAAACUAGUCAUGAAUUUGCCUCAUCAAAAAAUUGUGAACGCUAAGAGAACAAAGAAAACUUAUUAACCAG